AAAGCAAUGCAGCCACUCCUCCUGCAGUCCGGCCAGGUCCUCCUAUCCGCCCCGUAUCCAUCCGGUUCCCGAUUCGACUCCACCCGGCACCCGAACCCCUAAUCCCCCUCCCACCACCAUGGCCUCCGCCGCGCCCUCCCGCUCCCGCUCCUCCUCCUCCGCCGACCAAGACGAGGAGGGCACCGACAGCGACGCCUCCAACGACUCCCACCCACCCACUGCCCAGGAGGCCCCGCCCCCACCGUUCCCCGACAGCUCGGCCCCGCCUCCUCCAGCCCCCGCUGCCUUACCCGACCCAGCCGGCGCCGGUCCAGUUCCGCCGCCUCCGCCGCAGGGGGCGAGUGCGGCGGAGGACUCGAGGCGGCUGUUCCAGCGGCUGUGGACGGACGAGGAGGAGCUGCUCAUCCUGCGCGGGUUCCUCGAGUUCACGUCGCGCCGGGGCACCGCCUUCGCGUCGCACCAGUACGACACGGGCCCCUUCUACGAGGAGAUCCGCCGGAAGCUCUCCUUCGACUUCUCCAAGAACCAGCUCAUCGAGAAGCUGCGCCGCCUCAAGAAGAAGUACCGCGUCUGCGCCACCCGCGUCGCUGCGCAGGGCGCCGCCUUCGCCUUCAAGAGCGCGCACGAGGGCGCCAUCUACGACGUCGCGCGCCACAUCUGGCGCCCGGCCUUCAAGCGCGACGGCGACGCCUCGGACGAGGACGACAUCAACCCCGCAGAAGCAGCGGCGGUUGCAGCAGCAGCCGCCGCCGCCGCCGCCACGGAGCCGCCUGCUGCGGUCGAGGAGGGCGGGGGCGGAGGCGCGUCUGCGCACACCCCUCGGGGCAGGGGCUCGCGGCGUGGAAGGAAGAGGACGGCGCCGGAGAUUGAGGCGCCCAUCUUCCCUGCAACGCCCGCUCCGAUGUUGACCGAUGCGGCUCAGGAGCCAGCUAUCACGGCGUUCGAGAGUUCCGUGCCGGUGAUUGCACAGCCACCUUCAGCGCCGGCAGCACCAUUGCCUCCUUAUCCGCUGACAGCCAAUGGCCCCACUGAAGCUGAUGUCCGGAGCAUCCUGUCACCGCUGCUCAAGGAGCUCAUCAGCUCGGUUGCUGUUCCGGGGCAGACCGGACUAGGAUUGGGCUUGGGCAUGGGAUUCGGGGGUGCUGAUAUUCUUGGCGCUGGUCUUGGGGUUGCUGGACUGAGCCCUCGGGUGCCCGGUGAUGAGAAGUGGAGGCAGCAGCAGAUUCUUGAGCUGGAGGUCUACCUCAAGAGGCUCGAGCUUGUCCGGGAGCAGGUCAUGACGGUGCUACAAGAACUCAGGUCAUCAGACAGCUGAUUGCUUCACAUUGUGCUGUAAAAAUCUCCGAUUUGGAGGUAACAUUUUUCUCUAAAGAGUAGUGAGUACUCCUUGUUUACUGUCAAUGCGGCAUUGGAAAAGGCAUACAUACAGAGUUGGUGGUGUUCUUCUCAUUUUAGGCUUGGCCACUUGGGUCGCUUAGUUGCAUGUAGUUGUCAUCAUAAGGUUAGAGAUGAACUUUGAUCUGUAGAUGGGAUGAUGAUCAAAGUUUGUCAUCACUUGUAGCUCACUUUAUUCUCUGAUGCGAUCAGUCUUAUAAUUCGAGAAAUGCAGUGAAGGGUUUUGAAUCUGGA